AUGGCCAAUAACUCGAGCUCCAAACGCGCCCGUCCCCGGCAUCUGGUUCCCAUUCCCCCCACCCACCCCUUCCCCCUGCGCCCCCCCCCUUCCCACUCCUUAAAAAUUCAGAAGAGCCUCGACCGAGGAGGAAAGCCCGCCCAGCACAGGGCGGAACGGGCGCCCGGACUCCCGGCUGCAGCCCCCGCCCCGCAACCCAGAUGGAAGCGUUCGCUGCGCCCCCGCCUCCCGCUAAGAAUCCGGCUCAGUCUACACCUCGGUCUUCCGGGCUCCCCCAAACCAGAAAACCACUCACUCAGACAAGGCUUUGAUCUUCCAACUUUGCCAGGGAGCAGAGAAGCCUCACGACCCGUCGCCCCCGCGCCCCCCGCCUCCUGGAGCCGCAAACCCUACAAAACCGGAUCAGAAACCGUCUCACCAAGGGGAGGAUCAAACUCGGGAGAGGGCAGGGGCGGGGGGCGCGACCCCGAACCGGGGGCGGGAACCCUGGGCUCCGGGUGGGCGCGCGUGGCCCCCGUGCGGGGCCUCAGGCCGCCGGUAGCGCCGCGUUCCCCGGGCGGAGGGGAGGUGGGGCGGCCCCGUUACCUGGAAGACCAAGGCGGCCCGAGGCCCGGCUCUCAUCUCCGCCGAGCCCCCCCUGCCCGCUCCCCGGCCCCAAUCCACCCCGACGCGUCCAGAGCCCCGGUGGGCGCUCGCAGCCCCCGAGCCCGGGUCGGAGGCGCCCGCAGGAGAAGCGCGGAAAGCGGCAGCCGGUCCAGCAAUGGCGACGCGCGGAGGCUCGGCCUCUCCGCACGAGGGGCCGGGGCGGCCGGGGGCGCGGGGCCGGGCGGCAGGAGAGACGCGGGGGACGCGGGCGCCCCAGGCACUCCGGCGCACACUCGCACCCAGACUCCCGUCCAGCACCGCCCCGGCGCGGCGCCCCCGGGGGAGGGGAUCUGCCCCCGCUCCGCCCCCGCCGCGGCCGCCACUCGCACAAGUCUCUCCGCCGGGCCCCCGCCACCCCGGCCGAGCCCCCCGGAGCGCCGGGCGCCGCGCCCGCCGCCCCUCUCCGCGCCCGCCCGGAGCGCGCCCCGAAAUAGCCGGCCUGCCCACUUCAAAGGGCCGCCCGGCACAUCAAAGCGCGCGGGCCGCCCGCCGCCUCGGCCUCGCACUCACCAGGGGUCCGCGCGCGCGCUCCGCGCCCAGACCUCGCGGGCGCCCCGGGCAGGGCCUCGGCCUCGGCCCCGGCCCCCGGAUCGGCUCGCCGCCGCGGCCCCGGGCCCCCCCGGGCCGGUCCCGGCGUCGGGGAACAUGGGGGAGUCGCGCGGCCGGGGAGGGAGUGCGGGGAACCCGGCGGCAAGGGAGGGGGCAGAGGCGCGCCCCGCCGCCCCUCUUUCUGCGCAAGAUCCGAGUGGGCCUCGCCCCAGCCGCGGCCGCCCUCGGCCCCUCCGGCCCCCGCCCGGUCCGGCUUUCGACACGGGCCCCGCUUCCAGCAGCCACUCCGGGCACCCAACGUCCUCCGGGCGCUUCCAACAAAAACUGCGCCGUGGAUUUCACUGUGCACUUCAAAGGCGCGUGCCGGCGCACGGUCCUGAAAGGGAGGUACGCGCCCGCCGCGCUCCAGGCCGCCCCCGGCGCCCCCGCCGCCCCUCUCCGGGGCCGUCCGGCUCACGGACGCCCUCCCGGCCGCCUCUCGGCCGGGCCGGACCCCCUCCCGCGCCCUGCGCCCUCGACGCGGCUGGGCGCGACCUCGCCCCCGGCCCUGGGGGUGCCCGGCUCAGAAGCGGCUCGGCCGGGGCCGCGCCUCCGCCCCCACCUUUUACAGCACAGCUUUCGCCGGGGGAGACGGGCGCCUCGGACGCCCGGCGGCCCGGCGAUCCAUGA